UCACUUUGUGUGGAGAGUUGAAAAGCUGCCUUAAGACCAAAUUCACCUUUUGUCGAAGAGUUUCCCACGGAUUCAUGAAACAAUCUUUCAGUCUUAAUUUAUGAUUGAGUGUCGUUGAGUGCGUGUUUCAGUGCCGAAACUCGCUAGCAGUGGUGUACUCAACCCUCCUGGAUGUACUCCUACAAUUGAUUAAUAUCCAAAAACAAUGAUAUGGACGUGCAUUUGAAAGAGGACUAUUCUUAUCAUAUGAAGAUGAACAGGGAGAUGUUCGAGGGCAAGGAUUAUCCUACCCAGUGGGCACUCAAUCCCUCCAUGUAUCAGAAUAUGAGCAACGAUGAAGUUGAUUGGGCAGCUCUAGCCCAGCAAUGGAUAAAAAUGAAAGAGACAAUAGUACCCCCCGCGCCUCCUCCUCCCUCUCUGUGUAACGAAUUAUCAAAUGAUGGUGGGGGUGAGGCCCCCAUGGACAUGGACACCAAGGAGGACGACGUUCCUCCAGCCCCUCCAGCCCCUAAUAUAAGUGGUUCCGAUAAUUGGAACUCGUGGAGUCAGUGGGGCCAGUGGAAUGCGACAGCUCCAGGGGGUGCCUGCUGGGAGUGGAGUGGUGUACCACCACCAGGUGUUACAAUGGGUCCCGAUGGUAAACCCAUGGGUCUUCCAAAUGUUCCAAUUCCUCCAGUCUCCCCUGCACCACCAAUCACCAAUCGUGGUGGUCACAGUGGUCACAAUGCUCCUUACUCCUAUAAUUCAGUAGCUCCAAUUCAGCCCACAUUCAAUUCAGGAAUCCAAGGGUACUGGAGUGGAGACACUCAGAAUCCCCCGCCCUUCGUCAAGGGAAUGAGGCACGGGCCGAGGGUGCCUCAUCUUCGAUGUGAUAUCAUGAGAAAUCGUGAGGAAAAAGAGAAGACCCCUGAGGAGGACACUUCUGCUGUUCUCGAUGCAGCUAAACGCCGACAGCUGCCGGCUUGGAUUCGCGAGGGACUCGAAAAGAUGGAGAGGGAGAAGCACAAAGCUGUGGAGAGAGAGAGACAGGAGAUGCUGAGGAAACAGGAACUUGAGGCGAGAAAAAUAGCCGAGGAUGAGGCCAGAGCUGUUCUUAACCCCAGCAAGAGCAAAUUUGAAUCGGAUUCAGACAAAGAGGUGGAACCGGAAGCUGAUAAUCCCAGCCAAGAGGAGGACCAUCAUAAUCUCGAUGGCAGUCCUGAUAUUGUCAUGAGACCAAGACGAUCCCGGUUCAGGGAUGCUGGUUCACCCGAGCAGAGAGUUACAAUUAAUAAGGAAAGCAGUCCUUUAGCUUCGGUUGGCCAAAAUUUUGUUAAGCGCUCUCGAGAGGAAAUCCUUCAAGAUGUGAUGCUGAAGGUCAGGCGUUCAUUAACGGAAAUAUUAUUGGAGGUAACAAACGAGGAAAUAUCGAACGUGUGCAGAGAAGUAUGGAAUCGCUCUCGUGCCAAAGCCCCUGCAGGAGGCACCCCCAUCGCAUCCUUGAACACCACGGCCCCUCUUGCUCAGAUCACUCGAAAACUCGGUCUGGGCAUCUAUGGCGACAGCAACAGUGAGUCUGAGGAGGAGCAGGAGACGUGCCAGACUGAGGAGCAUGAUAGUGACAGUGAGCUCAAGGAAACAUUGAGAAGACGUCAAGCAGCCUUUAAAAAAACUGAAGAGGAAAUAGAGGCCCGUAUCCUCGAGGAAGAAGAGAAAGAGCAGCGGGAGGAAGAGGAUUCGAAUAAAAACGACAACCAUACGCAUGACACCGCUAUCGAAGAAGCCGAAGAGAAAGGGCCCCCCGACUCAAGAGAAUCAUCACCAAGUUCAUCAAGCGGUGGUCAGACUCCGAAGCAUCUGCAGCCAGUUGCGGAGGCCCGAGACAACCACAAACCCAGAACUCCCAGCACUCCCUCGCGUUCUCCCGAGUCCACCAGCAGCAACACUUCCCCCAGCUCUUCCUCAAGCUCGUCUCCCUCCUCGGACUCUAGCAGAGACGUUAAAAAACGACGCAAAAGAAAAUCAAAAUCCCGGAGUCCAUCACGAGCCAGAAAAUCACGAUCGCGCAGUCGUUCCCGCGACACGAGGCGCAAGGACUACAGAUCGAGAUCCUCCAGCAGAAAAUCCACCUUGAAAAUCACUCGCGAUAGAAAACGAAGGAGUCGUGACGGUAGGUCACGCUCGAGGUCACGCAGGCGCUCACGUUCCUAUUCCAGAAGGCGCAGUAGGGAAAGGAGGCACUCCAGGUCACGUUCAAGAACGAGAAAGCAUUAUGGUCACUCGUCGAAACGUCGGAGCAGAACAAAAUCAAAGGAGCGGAGAAGAUCGAGAUCAAAAUCCAGGGGUCAUCGUGAUGGUAAGAAGUCAUCGCGACGAUACAGGGAUUGAUUCAGCACAGAAACAACAUAAUAAAAGGCUUCCGGUCUCUGGGAUUCAGCAGCUUCAAUGGUAUAAUAACGGUUAUUUACGAAUUUUAGUAAUAAUUAUGAUAAGGACAAAGGAUGUGAGUGAAUGUUGCCUCUCUGAAUGUGAUUUUGUUUCUUCUCUCGUUUUUUCCUCUUCCUUUCUUACUUAUCAUAGGCGAAAUCCAUUUGCGCGAGUCAGAGACUGAAUGAACCAAUGAAUCGUUUAAUAUUAAUGAUCAUCUAAUGUAUAUAAUCUUAUAAUCUUAACGAAAUAUAUUCAGUCUUCAUUUUGACUUUACAAAGGAAA